AUGUCACGCGCAUCCAAAAUCACCUUGGCUGCCACUGGGCUGGGUACCGCAGGCAUUGUCUACUUUGUCCACUGGUCGCAAGAGCAGGAAAGGGCGGCUAUGCACAAGGGUGUCGAGCGAGAUAUGGAGAAGCAACGCGUCCGCCAAGAACGUCAAGCCGACUUCGAGAUGCAAAAGGCCUUGGAGCAACAGUAUCUCCAGAUUCAGAACGUGUCCAAAAACGCUGGCGACUCAAAUCCAGCAGACAACAAUCCAAGUCCGGGGACAUGA